UAUUAUAUUCUUCUUCUACACUAUUCCACAAAUCAAACUUACCUUUGUAAGGUAUCAUUUCAUACAACAAAACAGAAUUCAUUAUAUCAUGAUAGUGCUGUAGCUCAAAUUCAGGGCGACUAUUAUUUGAUCAAUACUCAGUGCAGUUCAUGCUCUACAGUGUGAUGUUUUCUUUUCAGCUUCAUUCAAACAGAAUUUUUCAUUCGUGUUAAUUUUUAACUAGAUUCGAACGUAUAUAAAACAUUAACUAUGCAGGCGGCUGUUAUUCCAUGUGAAAAAAGAUUUGUAUGGGACGAAGGCAACUACUGCUUGUAUUUAUUGGGAGCACCGAAACAAGAGAGUGAACAAGCAGGCAAUGGUCACAGAAAACAUCCUCAAAAAUCGAAAAAAUCCGAUGUCUACUGUCCACAUACCUAUCUAGAAUUGAAAUUUGCUGAAACUUUAAGUCCGGACGAUAAGAUGCAAUUUAGGAGGAACUUCAUGAGAAAAGUUGCACCUACCGAACCAAAUGUGAUUACUCUUCAAGAUAUUAAAGAUAUUGUGAUAUUCCUGGCGAUAAAUCCCAUCAGUUUAGAGUUUAUCAACUUCUUUCAUGAGCCGGUGGUGGAUCGAUUUUUGAGGUCUCUUAUAAUCUAUUUCCAACAUUACAUAGAAGUAUGGGAAGAUUUGUGCCAGAAGCGAGCAGCCACAGCAAAAAAAGCUCCAAAUCCUCUAGCAUCGGGUGGGCAGUUGAGGCAGAGCGAUGAAAUGCAGAAUUUGCGAUCUCUGGUCGGUCGAGAAUAUUGCGAUAUAUUGAUUGGAGCCAAGGACAGUCUCCCGUACCACCACAUGGUUGUUAAUAAAAAAUCACCCAGUGAAGAACCGUCUGGACAGUCGCAAGGAGAAAAAGAUCUGAGAAUUUUUGAAACUCUAAUCAGGAUGUCGCAUAAAGUCGUCUGGAUUGCUCUACAAAGAAAACACUCAUGUCUCAUUGAAAUAGAGAUGCAUCGAUUGUUCAGAACAGAUUCUUUCAACACAGCAAAACGUUUGUGCGGCAGUUUAAUUACAGAUACUAUGUCUGAGGAUGAGAUUCGCGUUUUGCAGGGGCCCAAAAUACCUGCUAAGAGGACGCUCCUAAGAAACUCGCCCUUGCCUUAUCAAAUCAUAAACACAAUCUGUGACUAUCGUGUCUUAUCUAUAGGAAUUCCGUAUUUUGAAACACAUGACCCAAGAAUUGAAUAUUUAGAAAAAGCUUUACUGGCGGAUGAAGCUGAGUUACGAGACUUAGGAAUUGCAGUAGGUAUCUUAGGUCAACCGCGUACGGAUUAUGAUAUGAUGCUUAUACGUACGAACAUGGAUGAAGAUAAGCCAGAUGAUCAGACGAACGUUGACUUGGAAAAAGAGAAAUGGGAAAAGAGGGACUCUGAGGGAGUCCAAAAGAGAAUUCAAUUACAUGAGCUGCACGAAAUUAUAAGUAUGCCAACGUUUGGAGAUGAUCCAGAAUUAAUUGCUGAGUAUCCAGUUGAACCUGGCUCGGUGAAAUGUGGGGGUAGUCAGGCAGCAAGAGAAGUUGCGCGGAAAAAGUGGAUUGCCAGAGCUGUCAACUGCUCCAAUAAGAAUUAUACCGAUAUUGCCUCUAUAGAAGCCAACGAACAAUAAUUCCAAAUAGUUUUAUAAAAAUCGUAUCAAUACCGCAGCGGUAUGAACUGGGGCAUUUCCUACGUAUUUUUUGCUUCAAAUUUACAAUGUGAGUUUUCUUGCCUCUAAAUCCAUUGAAUUAUCUACCGUAACAGCAUAUGCAAUUGUUUAUUGUCAGAAUCGAAUCAAUUUUCAUCUUUAGACAGGAAAGCUUAAAUCAUUAUUGUAUACAGUUCAUAAGCGAUUCUUGGUUUUGAAUGAAAAAUAUGUCAAAGUCAAUUUAAGACAUUCAGUUUCAAGAGAUCCAUACCUCAUAAAAAUCACAAGUAUCAUUGUAAACUUGAUUACGAUAAGUUUGAUAUAAUCAUGUUUUCAACAUUCAAU